AGGUAGCCUCUCUCAGACUUUUCUCUGGUUUCAUUAUCGACUGAUGUCGAGUAAGUCCAAGAACGAGAAUCAACGUAAGUUAAUAAAAGUUGAAAAUGAUUCGAACGUGUUUGUUACGUGUUUGUGGACUUGUAAAAAAUUCGCCAAAAAACGUUCCAUCUGUGAGCAACGAUAUACAUAAUUUAUUUGCUGUUGAUUACAUACACCCACAUCUGUUAAAGACGCACAUCCCUUUGGUACAUAGUACGAGAAAUACGACAUUUUUUGUAAAUAAAUCUGCGGAUGAAUUAUGGAAGGGUGUGACAACUGUCAGUAAUGCAGGAAGACGUAGAGGUAGAGCGAAAGGUUUAAAAAAAAAGAAAGAUUUAAACAAGGGUCAGAUUAUUGGAGUAGGAAAAGUUCCAAUGCAAUUCCCUGGUCUCAACACUCCUGUGUUUAGAGGUAAAGAACUCGUGCAACAGCAAAAAUUACCUGUUGAUCCUAAAAGAGAAGAAAACCUCGCCAAGCUACGGCAGAUCCGUUCAAUGGGACCAAAACGGAUGAAAUUGUCACCUUUGGAACGUGGUUGGACAAGUGCUCAGAUUGGUGGCAGAAAGGUUGGACCACCAGAUCCUAUUGGAGAAGAUACCUUUGAUGGCUUUGAUACUUGGAUAUUGGAAAGCAAAAUGGUAAAUCAUAUGACUGGUAAUUUAGGGCGCAGGGGCAGGAUCAGUAUAUUUGUUGUAACAGGAAAUGGAAAUGGUGUGGUUGGAUUUUCACUAGCAAAAGCACCUGUACAGAAAACAGCGAUAAAAACGGCUAAGAAUAGGGCGGGUCAAAGAUUGAUGUAUAUUUCUAGAUGCAAGGAGCAUACUGUAUUACACGAUUUUGUUACACAAUUUGGAAAUACAAAGAUAUUUGUAAAGAAAAUGCACGAAGGAUACGGACUUGUCUGCCAUCGUGCGAUAAAAGCAUGUUGCGAAGCGAUUGGUAUAAAAGAUAUACAUGCCAAAGUAGAAGGUUCUAUAAAUUUACAACAUAUUGUAAAAGCUUUCUUCAUUGGUUUAUUGCAACAGAAAUCAUAUCAACAACUAGCGGACGAAAAACGAUUGCACUUAGUUGAAUUUAAAUCAGAAAAUGGAAAUUAUCCAGAAGUAGUCGCUUCGCCAUCGAAAGUUAGAAAGUUAGGAGAAAUAAAGUCGAAUGAGAUCCUCGAUUUUACUCAAUACGUUUUGGGUGGCAAAAUAGUAUUAAAGAAAAAGAAAUAUCCUCCAUUUUAUACUAAACAUCCAUUGUACAAAACAAAAUUGGUAAAAUUGGAACGAUUGAGGAACUUUGAUGAAACGAGGAUAAAAUUAAUGGCAGAAUACGGAGCGUUGCAUAGUUUUCUGACUGAAAAGUAUCCGGAGGCAAAGCUGCGUCCUAAGCCAAAACGAAGCGAGAACAAUGAAACGGAAGAAUAGAAAGUAUAUCUGAUUGUUAUACUCUAUGUAUGAAUACUUAAAAUAAAGCCUUUAUUA